ACCCAGCGCCCCACCAAACAAGUCUGUACCUGUACCUGUGAUACUCUGGAAUCUAGGCUCAAGUAAGCUCGGCGCUCAGCUUACUUAGUCCUCACCAUGUCGACGCCCUCCAAGCAGCCCCCUUCUGCUGCUGCUGCUGCUACUUCUACCCAGCCUGGGGCUCCUCCUCGUCGUCCUUCGAUGAAUCCCCCCAAGACUACACCUUCACGCAGCCCUUCUCGUUCGACAGUGACAACGACCCCUAGUUCUAGUGCAACCCCUUCUCGCGCUAAGUCCGUCCGUACGCCAGUCGGUGGAGCCCCGCCAUCCGCCCGCGCUGCUGUCAAGAAGCCUGCAACUUCCACAUCGACCUCGCAGACUACCAAAUCUGCCAUGGCCGACGCAAAGGCAGAGGCUGCGGCCGCUAUUGACGAUCUCCGCGAACGCCUGCAAAAGGCUGAAUUGGCUGCAGAGGAGGCACAAAGACAAAAUGCUGUCAUGCAAGCUCGUCUUGACGAUGCAAACAAGGAGCACAGCAGUACAGAAGACUCGAUGCACGAGCAAACAGAACGACUGGAAGAGCUGGAGAAUGAGAAGAAGGAGAGCAUUCGUCAGCGCAGGGAGUUCGAGGCCAUCUACGAAGCCGAGCGCGCGCAAUCCAUGAAGGAAAAGGAAGAGUUGCAAGUUCGCGAAGAGGAACUUCGUGACACGAUCCAGAGACUGAAGGAGACGAUGGCUCAGAAAGAGAUGCGCGGUGAAGACGAGAGGCGGCAAAGUAUUUCCAGAGCUUCGAGCUAUCGGACCAAUGCCUCGCCGAACCAAGAAGGCGGCCAAUUCGCGCCUCCGUCCUCUCUCCAGCGCAGCGACUCCUCUCGCAGUUCCUCCCGUCUGGUGCUACAGAAAGAUAAGAUUAUCGAAUCACUACGUCUGGAAUUGGCCGAGUCACAAAUUAAACUAGUCGAGAUGGAAAACAUGGGAGGUGGUCGCAUGCAAGAGUUGGAAAAGACUCUCAUGGAGACGAGAGUGGCCAAUGCCAGGUUGAUGGAGGACAACGAGAGUUUCCAGCUUCUCCUGAGCGAAAAAACGCUGAAUGGAGACUUUUCUCACAGUGGCUUGUUGCGUCCUCCUUCAAUCAGGAGUACUAGCUCUCGUCCUUCUUCACCCUCGGCAAUGGCUGGAGCCGCGACUCUCGCAGACGAGUUGGAGAACGCAAGCGACGACGGUACAGCCGACAACAGACGUCUGCAAGCCGAUCUGAACUCUAUGAGAGACCAGAACAAGGCCUUGACUCUGUACAUCAACAACAUCAUUUCUCGCUUACUGCAGCACAAGGAGUUUGAGAACAUCCUCGACAAGACACCCAACCUCAUGUCUGGAGCGGACGACUCAAAAGCCCUGCCCAAGCCUCCACCACCAGAGAAGGACGAACAGCCCUCGCUACUCAAGCGUGCCACAUCAGUCGUCCGCGGCGGCCGUCCAAAGCCCAUUGAAACUCACUCAGAGCCUCAGCCCACACUGAACGAAGACCCGAACACCGCUCCUCGCAUACCCCUCACCCGUACCCAAUCCAACCGCAUGUCUCUCGGCGGCGCCCCAGCCUCCCACCGCCGCUCAGGCUCAGAAUUUGGAAACCCAGCAACACUAGUCAAUAACAUGUACCGCGGCCCAUCCCCCGGCUCCGGCCCUACAAGCCCCAGUCUUGUUCCUCCUCGUGGCUCUUCUCUCUUUAGCCCCGUGCUGCCCGUCGCUCCCGCAGCAGCAGCCCGUGUUCCCUCCAGCGGCUCAAUGCCCCCACCAGAAGAUAGACGACAAAGCAUGCCUCCACCAGCCCUUCCCGGCAACGCACCCCGAGACUCGGCUCGCAACAGUGUAUACAGUGAAUCAGGCCUCCCUGACAACAUGAGCACAGUCAGUCCACCCCGCAGCACAGCCUCAAGCUCCGAAAAGCCUACAGGUGCAAUCAUGCGUGGAGCUGGCAUGCGACCCCUGCGUCUCGUUCAAGAAGCCAAAGAGGAGGAAGAUGCAGCUAGGAAAGCAAAGAGAUCGAGCUGGAUGGGUUGGUUUGGCGCCAAUAACCGCAGUGUGAGCAGUGAAGCUGUUCCUAAGGAAUGAUACGAGUACGAUGUCUGAUGCUUUGGGUUUCACACAUGAGGCGUCCUGCUUUUGGUUGUUGAAUUGUUUGACGUACGACCCCUGGAUGAUGGUUGUUUUUGGUGUAGGUUGGGAGGGUGGUUUCGCCUUUUUUGCCCGCUCCCUUUGGAUCAUUUCCCCCUGUCUCAUAUACCCCCUUCAAAUUGUUGGCGGACAAGCCAUUUCAUGUCACUAUUUCCUCUGCGUAGUGAAGAAGUUAUGUAUUUGCAAGAUGCUGUAUGAAAAAAUGUCGUGUCUAUGUAGUUUCUGCUUUUUGUAUGAUGA